GUAGGAGCGGAAAGAAUGUCGGAACGGGCCGCGGAUGACGUCAGGGGGGAGCCGCGCCGCGCGGCGGGCGGAGCAGCGGCCGCCCGGCAGCAGCAGCAGCCACAGCCUCUGCAGCCCCAGCGGCAGCACCCGCCGCCGCGGCGCCCACGGCCGGAGGACGGCGGCUCCGGUGCCGCCAGCACCUCGGCCGCCGCCAUGGCGACGGUGGGGGAGCGCAGGCCCCUGCCCAGUCCCGAAGCGAUGCUGGGACAGUCGUGGAAUCUGUGGGUGGAAGCUUCCAAACUUCCUGGGAAGGAUGGGACCGAAUUGGAUGAAAGUUUCAAGGAGUUUGGGAAAAACCGCGAAGUCAUGGGGCUCUGUCGGGAAGAUAUGCCAAUAUUUGGUCUCUGUCCGGCACAUGAUGAUUUCUACUUGGUGGUGUGUAACGACUGCAACCAAGUUGUCAAACCGCAGGCAUUUCAAUCUCAUUAUGAAAGAAGACAUAGCUCAUCUAGCAAGCCUUCCUUGACUGUUCCUCACACUUCAGUAUUUUCCCUCUUCCCUUCUCUGUCCAAAAGCAAAGGCAGCAGCACCAGUGGAAACAACCGGUCUUCCAGUGGAGGGGUCCUUUGCACAGCCUCGUCAAGCUCCAAGUUACUCAGAUUGCCCAAAGAGAAACUGCAGCUCAGGGGGAACAUCAGGCCCAUGCAACAGACUAAAGUCCCUCCCCACGGUAGAGUCAUGACGCCGUCUGUGAAGGUGGAAAAGACACAUCCGAAGAUGGAUGGCACACUACUGAAAUCCACAGUGGGGCCAGCCUGUCCUGCUCCUGUGAGCUCUGCAGUCAAGCCUGGCCUUAACUGCCCCUCAAUACCAAAGCCAACCUUGCCUUCACCUGGACAGAUUCUGAAUGGCAAAGGGCUUCCUGCAAUGCCCACUCUGGAAAAGAAAUCUGAAGACGGUUCUAAUAACAGGAAGUUUUUAAAUAAGAGAUUAUCAGAAAGAGAGUUUGAUCCUGACAUCCACUGCGGGGUCAUUGAUCUGGAUACCAAGAAGCCCUGCACCAGGUCUUUGACUUGCAAGACACAUUCCUUAACCCAGCGGAGAGCUGUUCAGGGUAGAAGAAAACGAUUUGAUGUGUUACUGGCCGAGCACAAAAACAAAACCAGGGAAAAGGAAUUGAUUCGCCAUCCAGACUCUCAGCAACCACCACAUCCUCUCAGGGACCCGCAUCCCAUCCCUCUUCGGACGCCACAGGAGCCACACCUUUCUUCAGAAUCAAAGCCUUUCGUAGCUAGUAAACCGAAACCUCAUACCCCUAGUCUUCCAAGGCCUCCAGGCUGCCCCGCUCAGCAAAGCGGGAGUACCCCCAUUGACCCUCCUCCAGGCCACGAGUCUCCACACCCUCCCUUGCCUGCCACUGAGCCAGUUUCUCGGUUGUCUAGUGAGGAGGGUGAAGGCGAUGACAAAGAAGAGUCUGUUGAAAAACUGGACUGUCAUUAUUCAGGUCAUCAUCCUCAGCCAGCAUCGUUUUGCACAUUUGGGAGCCGGCAGAUUGGAAGAGGUUACUACGUGUUUGACUCCAGGUGGAACCGGCUUCGCUGUGCCCUUAACCUCAUGGUAGAGAAGCAUUUGAAUGCGCAGCUGUGGAGGAAAAUCCCACCAGUGCCCUGUAGCACAUCACCUGUUUCUGCCCGUAUUCCUCACCGGACAAAUUCUGUGCCGACAUCACAAGGUGGGAUCAGCUAUUUUGCAGCAACCACUGUCUCUACAUCCCCAGUUCUGCUGUCAUCCACCUGCAUCUCCCCAAAUAGCAAAUCGGUACCAGCUCAUGGAACCACUCUAAAUGCACAGCCUGCUGUUUCUGGAGCAAUGGAUCCUGUGUGCAGUAUGCAAUCCAGACAAGUAUCUGCUUCAUCCUCAUCUCCCUCCACACCCUCCAGCCUCUCUUCAGUCCCCUCCUCCCCUCUGUCCAGAAAACCUCAGAAAUUGAAACCUAGCAAGUCUGUAAGGCCCAAGGAGUCUUCUCCUAACAGCAGUAACUGUCACAAUGCCAGUAGCAGUACCAGUGGUGGCUCAGGAAAGAAACGCAAAAGCAAUUCCCCACUGUUUGUUCAUUCGUCAUCCUCCUCCUCGUCCUCCUCCUCCUCUUCUCAUUCCGUGGACUCUUUUAGGAAAAACUGUGUGGCUCACUCUGGGACUCCAUACCUGUCUGCAGCAACAUCGACCCACAGCAUUGGCCUCAACUGUGUGACAAAUAAAGCACUCUCGUUGAGCCUGCGGCACGAGCAGGCAGGACGGGGUCCCCCUGGUGUGAGCUCUGCAGAGUCCAUCAAGAGGAUGAGUGUGAUGGUGAAUAGCAGCGACUCCACUCUUUCCCUUGGCCCGUUCAUUCAUCAGUCCAGUGAACUGCCUGUCAGCUCACAGGGCAGUUUUUCACACUCGCACACUCCUCUAGACAAACUCACAGGAAAGAAAAGAAAAUGCUCCCCGGGCUCUGGCAGCGUCGGCAACAGUGGCAGCAAACCUCCAAAGGUUGCCAAGUUGCCAGCCAUGAACAACGUCCACAUGAAACACACAGGCGCCAUCCCAGGGGCCCAGGGACUGACGAACAAUUCCCUUCUCCAUCAGGAUAUCUUCUCUCCUUGCUUACGAACAGGAAUUGCAGCAGCAGCACCCCAGAGCCCUGACUUAAAAACCAAAGGCACGUCCCUGACAGCUGACAGUACCACUGGAAGAAAUAAUCCAGACAUUUUUGAAGACAAGUUACACCUCUACUCUGCACUCUGGACCCCACGAUGCCUUUGAGUCUCUUUGUAAACUCGUGUGGGCUCCAGGGUAACCUGUGGCUGUUUGACAAGGAUUUCCUGAAGCUGUGUCUGUAGCCGUGAGUACUCACAAAGGACACUGGAUCAAGUUCAGCCACCGGAUUGCUUCAUCAGUGUUAAAGUGGUCUGGACUGCUUGCUACCAAUCUGUGAGAAGUUUUUGUUUGUGUUUUGUUUUCCUUUUUGUUUUUAACUUACAGCAUAUCAUGGAGCCACUCUUGAAGUAGAUUGGCUGGGCAAAAGAAUGUUUUGGCAAGAGCAUUCUGUCUCUUCCUCCUUUCUCUGCCAGAAUUGUUUUUGAACACAUUCUCACCUGUAGGUCACUCUCCAGGAGGUAGGCACUUUAACUGGAGACUGGAGGCCUUCCAAAGAAAGGGGAGCGAGUUGCAUCCUGACUAGCCUCCUAGAGGGUAUCUGGCUUUAGAUUUUUUUAUAGCAGUGUUCAGGAAUAGAAUACUGAUGUUGGUCAAUGCAUCAUGACAUAGUAGCCAAGCCCUUUCCAAGUAAUGUGGGAUAAGAAGCUUGUCAAGUUCUUCAAACUUAAGAACUGGUUUGAAGCUGCUCAUAACCGGAUAUUAAGUUGAAAGUAUCUCAGAAGCUUAGUUUUCAUGGUACAAAAGCAUGUGUGAUAAAAGGAGAGAAAUAAAGAACAAUGAAGAAAAGGAAGACGGAGAGACAAGGAAAACUAGUUUUGGUGAUGAAAAACCAGCUGGGACACCGGAUUUGGGGAAGUGAAAAAAAUCAUGAAGUGGGGCAAACCUUACAGGAUUUCCAAAGACACAGACUUCUCUUGUUAAUGCAUUCAUGUUGAACAGUG